AUGUUCUCGCAUAGUGUAGUGCGAUCCCUCUCUCGCAACCAUGGGUCCCUUUUCUGGAAAGCUUAUGAAGCCGCUUCUGUUCCUGCUAUAGGAACACCGCCUCGCUCAUGGACUGGGAAAAGGCACAUUUCAGUCUAUGGUUAUACACAAUCAAAAGCACUCGUGUACUCACGAUAUGGUGAACCCAAAGAUGUUCUACGCCUCCACAAGCAUUCUAUCUCCCCCCCGCACGGAUCCCAGGUUACUCUUCGCCUCCUUGCAGCGCCUUUGAACCCCGCCGACGUGAACCAGAUCCAGGGAGUGUAUCCGAGCAAACCGCCAUUCCAGACAACCCUUGGCACCCAGGACCCAUGCGCAGUGGGUGGAAAUGAGGGCGCAUUUGAGGUAAUUGCGACAGGAUCCAAUGUCAAGAACCUCAGCAAGGGUGAUUGGGUUGUCAUGAAGCAGACAGGACAGGGCACCUGGCGCACACACGCUCAGAUGGAUGAGUCACAGCUGAUUAAAAUUGAGAACAAAGAUGGUCUAUCACCGCUCCAGAUUAGCACAGUCAGCGUCAAUCCAGUCACAGCUUACCGCAUGAUCAAGGACUUCUGUGAAUGGGACUGGAUGCGGGGUGGGGAGGAAUGGCUGAUUCAAAACGGCGCAAACAGUGGUGUUGGUCGCGCUGCCAUUCAACUCGCACGAGAAUGGGGUAUCAAGACGAUCAAUGUCAUCCGGGAGAGGAAGACGCCGCAGGAUACAGAAGUCCUGAAGGCUGAGCUUCAUGAAUUAGGCGCCACUGCAGUAGUCACAGAAGCGGAGCUUCUUUCAGGAGAUUUCAAGAACGUUGUGAGCGGCCUCACUCGCAACGGAAGGGAGCCGAUCCGACUUGCUCUGAACUGUGUGGGUGGUAAGAACGCCACCGCAUUGGCGAAGGCCCUCGCUCCAGGCUCCCACCUGGUCACCUACGGUGCGAUGUCAAAGCAGCCGGUUUCCCUACCUUCCGGACUAUUGAUCUUUAAGAAUCUCGUCUUCGAUGGAUUUUGGGUGAGCAAAUGGGGGGAUAAGCAUCCCGAACUCAAAGAGAACACUAUCAACGAUGUGCUACAGCUGACUCGAGCGGGCAAAUUCAAAGACAUCCCCGUGGAGGAAAUAAAAUGGGCAUGGGACACAGACGGUGCGGCGCUCACCUCUGGCGUGCAGGAAACCUUGAGUGGCUACCGCAGUGGAAAGGGCCUCCUCAAGUACGAAGGCGGAGACUGA